AUGGCCACGCCGUCUUCUCCUCGCCUGAGCAGCAUGCUCAAGUCGCCCUUUGCUGCGUCGUCGCGCUGGAUCAACCGCCGGCGUGGCAAGACAACCGAUGACCCGCCCGCCUUGCCCGUCCUGCCUGUCCAACGGCCGCGCCCCAUCACGCCCACGCCGUCAUGCGAAGACGUCGUCCCGCACCCUGGGUUUGCCGUCGCCGAAAGCCCCUUCUUCCGGAAGCUGCCCCCCGAGGUCCGCCGCCAGAUCCUCAUCGAGGCGUUUGGCGGCCAGACGGUGCACAUGGAUCUGCUUUACGAGGCGCCCGCCUCGGAACGCCCGUCCCCGACCGGUGACGUUGGGCACUGCGGCAUCCCCAUCUGGGACGUCAAAGAGUCCCACGAGGCGCGUCUGGGAGGCAAGUCGGGCAAGCAGUGGGUGUGGCACGGUUCCGUGUGCCAUCGAAACCCGCCUACGCCUGGGCCCCCGGGACACCGCGUGCAGCCGUCGCAGGAUCUGUGCCGCUUUGGCGCCGUCGGCAAGGGCAUGUGCCAGCUAUGGCCGGGCGAGUAUCCGGCCAAGUGCUUCAUCGGUGCCAUGGGCUGGCUGCUGACCUGUCGUCAAGCGUGCGUGCGUGUCUACCCAUGCUUGUCUAGCAGCCUUGCUGACCCGGCAGUCCAGGUACAUUGA